GGAGAAGUAGUAUUAUAUUUGAAGUAAAAUCUUCUCUUUUUCGGAGUUAUUAGUUUUUAUCAUUAGUAUCCAAAAAUCCUAAACUUAUACGUUUAGGAAAUUUUUUCCUUCGAUAAACCUAUAACUAUCUUCCUUUUUUUCGCGCCUAAAUAUGUAACCUAAAACCACCUGUGUAGAUUAGAUUCGUUGUUCUGGGGGCUUCUCGGAGUGUAAACAUCUUGUUUGCUUUGAAUUAAGCAUUUCAUUAGUAUUUUUCAUACUUUAGUGAAUUAACAUGUGAUUCUACAUACAUAGAAUAAACAUUAAAGAUAAGUUUACGUUAAUUACAAUAAGUAGAAAGGAUAAAUUUCAAACUUUUAUGUCAAAAGUUGGACAUGAAAUAAUUGAACAACUUGUGAAAGUUUUUUAAUAGUCUUUGUUAAUAUUAAGCUAAUAAUUGAAUAUCAUGGGUAUCACUGGACUCAUUCCAUUCUUAGAAAAAGCAUCAAAAAAAGGGAAUAUAAGUCAAUUUUCAGGAGGUACUGUUGCUGUUGAUACUUACUGUUGGUUGCAUAAGGGAGCAUUUUCUUGUGCAGAGAAGAUAGCUUUAGGUCAACCAACCGAUGCAUACGUGACAUAUUGUUUGAAAUUUGUAAACAUGUUGCUGGCAAAUAAAAUCAAACCAAUUUUGGUGUUUGAUGGAUGUCAUUUACCUGCCAAGGCUGAAACGGAAGAUAAACGAAGAUCAUCUAGAGCAGAUAACAAAAGACGAGCUGCAGAAUUGAUUAAAAUGGGUCGUACUGCUGAAGGCAGAACACUUCUUAGAAGAUCAGUAGAUAUUACCCAUGAAAUGGCACUACAGCUUAUGAAAAAAUGCCACGAAAUGAACGUUGACUGUAUUGUUGCUCCUUAUGAAGCAGAUGCUCAAUUAGCUUAUUUGAAUUUAUCUGGAAUAGCUGACGUUGUUAUAACCGAAGAUAGCGAUCUAACUCUUUUUGGAUGCAAAAAAAUUUUUUUUAAAAUGGAUGUAUAUGGUAAUGGUCUUCUAGUUGAACAAGAUCGUAUUCAUAUAGCAAUGAAAAUUCGGGAAGAUCUUUUUGACAUAGAUAAAUUUCGUCACAUGUGUAUUUUAUCUGGCUGUGAUUAUUUACCCUCACUUCCAGGAAUAGGACUAAGUAAAGCAUGUAAAUUUAUAUUAAAAAAUACUGAUCCUGACAUACAUAGGGCGUUAUGUCGUAUAGGCUCCCAUUUGAAUAUGAAGUCUUUAGUUGUUACUGAAGAUUAUCGUGACGCAUUUAUUCGAGCAUUAAUAACUUUUAAACAUCAAUUAGUAUUUUGCCCUUUACAACGGAAACAAGUGCGAUUAAAUUCUCCUCCACCAGACGUAACGCCGGAACAGCUACAUCAUGCAGGAGAUGAGAAACCCCAAGACAUAGCAUGGCAAUUGGCUCUUGGAAAUUAUGAUCCAAUCUCAUUAAGAAAAAUGCACAAUUUUGAUCCGGAUGUAUUCUUGACAAAUAUUGGAAAAAGAAAACCUGCUUGGGACAUUCAAUAUGUUGCUGAUCAUGUGAGUAUUUGGUCUAAAGAAUUUAGAAUUCAAAAGAAUGUUAAAACACCUCAUAAAGAACAGCCUGAAAAACAUAUAUGGCCAAAUACAGCUGGUAAAACUGUAAUUCUUAAUACAGAAGUCUUGAAAGAAAAAUCUAUUGCCUUAAAACGUUCAUAUGAAGACAUGGAAGAUGAGUUAAGUGAUAAGGAUAUUGUGAAAUUGUAUGGUAAUGAUGCAAUACACCAAAAUAAAAAACCAACAGCAAAAGAGGAUUCAACACAAAAAGAGAGUAAAGAAGAAAAUCUGAUGAAAACACCUUCUCCAAUGUCGAAAAAUAAAUCGAAUCCAUUUUUAAAGAAACAGGAAACUUCUCCUUGUUUAAUUCGUGGCCAAAUUCGACGAAGACCGCGAACUUUUAUUGCCAUGGAACCAACUGUUGUUGAUGAUCAAAAUAUAAUUAAAAGCAAAUAUUUUGAUCCUGAUUCAUCACAAACUGACACGAAUCAACCAGUUGGCAUUGUUCCGGAAACACAAGAUGAAGAUUUGCCAUUUACUCCGCCUGAUGAGUACAAAGAAAAUAAUAUUACUGAUAUUCCUAAAAAAUCAAAAGAACAAAUUUUUUGUAGGUCUGAUUCCGGUGUAGAAUUGAAAGACGAUGGUAAUGAUGAGAAAUUGAAUAAUUCAAAUGAAACAGAAGAAAUUAUUGAAGCAACUCCAUUAAAUAACUGUCAAAAACCAUCCAUUCAAGAUAAUGAAAUUGUUGAAUCAGAUCUUCUAAUAAAUCAUGAAUGUGUUAUUAAUGAAAAUAAACGUACAAUAGAAAGAACUCCAAGUUCUGAUGACAUUGCAGAUUUUUCUGUGAACAACUCUAGUUUAAGUUCAGUAAAAAGUUCUUUUUUCAAAUGGACAAAUCCAAAACUAGUUUCGAAUAAGGAUAGUCCAGUAGCUAUAAGAAACAGUAAAAGAUUACAGAAUCAAAAUAAAUCCAUGACAGGGAGACAAUCAAAAAAUUCGAAAUCGAUUCCAGCGCACAAUUUACUGAGUGCAUAUGGGUUUGAGAAAAAAAAUGUUUCAAAACACUAAAUAGAGCUUUAUUUCAGUAUUCAUGUGUACGGAUAGCAGGUUCUGUCUGAAUAAAAAUAGAAUAUUGAUACAAUUUUGGAGACUGUUGACUCAGGAAUAAUAAAAACUGCCGAUUUCC